AUGGGUGGCCGCAGGUUGAUCCGGCGGCGCUCGUCCAGCCAGCGCACGACGCCGCCGUCGUCGCCCCGGACGCUGCCGCCCACGCCCACGUCCACGCGGCGGCCGCGCUCGGGGCCCGCGGGGCUGCACUACUAUACGGCGUCGGCGCCGCCGUCGCGCUCGUCCUCGCGCCUCGACAUGACCAGCCUGGGCGUACCGGGCAUCGGCCUGUCCAUGUGCACGGCCGGCGGCGGCGGGCUGAGCGCGCCCACGUCGCCGCGCUCCUCCCCGCCCGUGUCGCCGCAGCACUGGCCGCGCCGGGCCUCCACCCUCAGCAAGCGCCCGCUCUCGUGA